AUGGCUGAUACACAAAUACAAGUGAUCACAAGUGAUUUUGUGGAAAUCACUAUCACGAAUUCGCAAAAUGAGGCUGCUAGUGUACAGAGGAGAUUUUUUAAAUCAAUAUCAAUAGGUGAAUUCAAAUCUCGUCUAGAGCUCUUAACAGGAGGCCGAGCUGCAACAAUGCGCCUGCAACUUUUUUCAAAAGACGACACUCUCGUCGGAGUAUUGGACAAGGACGAAUUGCCUUUGGGAUCUUACCCUAUCGAUUCGGGCAUGCGGGUGCAUGUCAUCGAUGAUUUCAAGUAUGAGGACCAUACGGCAGAAAAGUUUAAAUUAACAGAGGAGCAAUACGACCAAAGAUCGGAUACUUUGAAGAACUUCCUAAAAACAAAUCGUCUUGGUAAAUAUAAUGAAGAAGCUGUUAAAGAAAGAAAAAUGCAGAGGGCUAAGGAACGAAAAGAGGAGCUCGAUAAAGCUCAAACCAUGGAAAUUGGUGACAGGUGUCAGGUGAGGAUUCCGGGACUGGCCCAGCGUAAAGGCCAAGUGGCCUACAAGGGCCCUGUAGAGGGCCAACAUGGAGUUUUUAUUGGAAUUCGGUACGACGAACCGGUCGGAAAAAAUGACGGAACUUUGGCCGGAAAAAGAUAUUUUGAUUGCAAUGAAAAAUACGGAGGAUUUGUAAAACCGAGAUACGUGGAAGUUGGCGAUUUUCCAGAGGACGAAUUAGUUUUAAGUGAUUCGGAAGAAAUUUAA